UUUUCAUAACAAGGUUGACAUUUGCAUGGAAUUGCCCAAGUGCCUGCAGAGACAGUGUCAUUUUAAUAUUAUAUAAAGUAAAACUCAACAUUCACUAACAUCUGCUGUGGUGAACAAAACUGUAAUAAUAAUAAUAAUAGUGUCAGCAAUUAAGAUGUUAGAAAUUCUGUGUUGUUAAAUUUGCAUUGAAGAUACAGUAACAGUGAAGAUAACAUUAUUUAUAUUGGGUUUUUCAAAGCUUGUUUAAGAAACAUUUUAGUUGAAAACGUGUGCUGUUAACAGUAUUAUUGCCUUUGGAAACUUGUAUGCAUUCAUGUGGUUCAUUGGGGUGUGUUUCACUUGUUACCCAUAACUUGUGAAACUUUGCAACUUUCAAAAUGUUAUUCUGUGUUUUAGGCUGUGUCAAAGAAAAGUUUAGAGCAAGAUGAAGCAUCUUUUUAAUUCUCUUUUGCUUAUCAGUUGGUUAACCUUACGUGAGUUUAUAUAUAUUUUUAGUAUUAUUGUGUUUUUACAUAAAUUGAUAUUGAACAUUUUUUGUGUCAAUCUAGAAAUGUAUUGCACUAAUUUGUUACUGAUUUUUUUUCUCUUUUGUCUAGCGAAAAUUCUGGAAACAGGAAUUAAAACUGGGAAUGCAUAUGAGAUCGAUCGCUUCUUUGGUGGUUAUGAUGAUGAUGAUGAUGAUUUUUUGCAAGACCCCAGAAGAAUGAAUCCCCAAAUUACAGUGUACCAGCAGGUGGAGGACAGAAGAAGUGUAAUAGUGAUUUGUAGGCCUAACAGAAGGAUAAAAUGGGAAUCUUGUACGUUGACCGUGGAGGAUGCACUUGACUACACUAAGGAGGAAAUCCAAUCUUCACGUGCUGAUAUGUGUGUAUUUAAAGUCACUGUGAGCCCACCUGCCUCCUUUACCUGCAUGCUUCGUACUCAGCGCAUUGAGACUUACUAUUAUGAUGGAUCUGGAAACCUGGACUCAGAUUAUAAUGAAAAUGGAUCUGUCAUCGGUGGCUUUCUCUCCAUUGGCAUUUGUCUUAUAAUCAUAACUGCUGGGGUUGUAGUGAGCAAUAUUAGGUACCACUCAUAGUCAUCCAAAGUGAGUAUUUUCAUUCAUUUCUUACAGCAUUACAGUCAGAUCACAAUUUUAGCAAUCUCAA